AUGUCGCUUCAAACUAGAAACCUUCGCCAGGUCACCGAGUUACCCCUCUCGCAGAUUUCAAGGCCGAUACCACCUGUUCUGGAUUACACCAAGAUAGAUACCAUGCUCAGUACACUGAACGGUGUACCAAUGGCCUCUUCAACAUGUCCAAAUGUUGAUGAAAUCACAGCCGGAGAAUUGCCGCCAAUCGACGUAUUGUUAGUGCGCGAAAACGGAAAGGACAGAUACUUUGCCUUUGGUGGAUGUCACAGAUUCCAGGCAUACGAGAAAAAAUCAAGGGAUACUGGUAAAGAGCAGAUGGUCAGGUGUAAGGUAUUACCUUGCACUAGAAAGCAACUUAGAGUUUACUUGGGAAACAGUGUUGACAAGUUUUUUCAGGAUUGA